UGCCGGGUCUUAAGGAACCCUUUUCCUCAUUACUGCAACGUGUGUUUUCUACAACCAAAGAGACUUGUGAUUCAGUUGGUGUGCAAUGGGUCGCCGCAAGUCCAAAAGAAAGCCUCCUCCUAAGAAGAAGAUGACAGGGGAUCUGGACAGUCAGUUCACCUGUCCGUUCUGCAACCACGAGAAGUCAUGUGACGUAAAAAUGGAGAGGAGCAGAAAUACGGGGAUAAUAUCAUGCACAGUCUGCUUGGAGGAGUUCCAGACCCCCAUCACCUAUCUGUCGGAGCCAGUUGAUGUGUACAGUGAUUGGAUAGAUGCAUGUGAAGCAGCCAAUCAGUAGCCCUCAUGUAGUUGGAUGCCUCUCAGGAACAGGAUGAGGAUGUGGUUGGUGGGUCUGGGCCCAUUAGGAUCAAGCUGGUCGGAGGUUUCCGAAUCAUUUAUUAUUCACAGGUUUCUGUAUGGUCACUUGAAAUUUACACCUGUGUGAAUCAUCACAAACAGGCUCCGAAUUGUUCCUUUCGAGUUCUCCCCUUUGUGAGUAAAGUUUCCACCCACAACUGUAGUCUUUACUCUUGAGAUUUAUUUCAUUAUUUGUUACUUGCAGUGUAUCCUAAUUUAUCCUCACACAUUGAGCAGGCCUUUCUUUUUUUGAUUAUUUAGGAUGGAUUUCAAAGAACCUUUGGAUACGGUGUAGACAAGCCUUUGAAUAAUAGUUGAUGUUGAAGAUUGCAAAAUAAUAUCCUGUUUUCUUAUUUGUUUUUAAUUUUGGUUUCUUAUGUUUUGUUCACUGGGCAAAUGUAAUUGUAAUUGUGAUCUCUGCAUUUUAAUAUGAAACCAGAAACAUUAAUUUACAGAGACUCAUUCUCUAUCAUACAGUGUCUGACACUAGCAACACAAUGUAGUUAGAGAGGAAAAUUUUCAGAUUUUUCAUCAAAUCUCACCUAAACACAGCAUAGUUCAUAGUUGAAAUAUGUAUAUUCCUCAUCCUCAGUCCUAAGGUAGCAUUGAUGUUCUGGGUUUUGUUCACAGUCAUAACUAUCCACAGAUAUUCUUAUCCUCAUGGAGACAGUUGUGUCACAGCAUUAGGUCAUUCCACUGGAGAGAGGAACGGAAAUCUGUAAGAUUUAUGCUUUGCUGCUAAGUUCACAAGUUUUGAAUUGUUCUUAAUCCAUUCAGUUUUUCAGGUGAUCGUAUAGUUUUAGCUUACAUGUUUAAGAAAUAAAAACAAAUCAAAAAGUACAAAGAUCUUUGUUAUUAAGCGCAUGUGUACAAAAUAUUGUACUCUUAUCCUGGAAUUGAGCUGUAAUACUGAUAUUUUCCUAUGCAAUGGCCGAAAAGAAGAAUAAAACUGAUUUUUAAAUACAACGAAUUUGAAAAGUGUGAUCUUGAAAAUAAAGCAGCAAUAAGACUUGA